AACUCUUGCAACAAUGGCGGUUUCGUCGAAGCUUUUCCCGGCCGCCGUCCUCCUCCUGCUUCUCCUCCUGGCCACAGAGAUGGGGCCUGUGCGGGAGGCCAUGGCGUGCGAGCACGCGCGGUGCAAGAAGUGCACCGGGGCGUGCUUCGACCCGGAUGAGUGCGCCAUCACUUGCCGGAACGAGGGCUACGACUCCGGCGACUGCACCGGCAGCGGAGCCUACCGCUGCACGUGCAGCAAGAAUUGCUAGCUAACUAGUGCGUGAAGAACACACGAGUAGAAUAAAAGGGGGAUUACAGUUCUGUGCUACUCUAGUUUGUUCUUUCCUUUUUGACCAUGGAUUUUUUGUUCGAAGGUUCACACGAAUGUGGCCUAAACUUAGUGGUUCCAGUUCUGAGAUUAUUUUGUAUCGCAAGCUAUGUACUAAGAGAGAUUUCUCUCAACAAAGAUUAUACUAAAAGAGAGUAAUCGUUUGUCAAA